CACACACACACACACACACACACACACACACACACACACACACACACACACACACACACACACACAAGCAUGCAUACACACACACACACACACACACACACACACACACGAACACACACACACACACACACACACACACACACACACACACACACACACACACACACACACACACACACAGAGACACAUAGACACACUCAUAGACACACACACGCAUGCAUGCACACACACACACACACACACAAGCAUGCAUACACACACACACACACACACACACUCAUAGACACCCGCACACUCAUAGACACGCGCACACACGCACAUGCAUGCGCUCACAAACUCAUAGACACACACAAACUCACAGACACACACAAACUCACAGACACACACAAACUCAUAGACACACACAAACUCAUAGACACUCACACACAGAGCUGGUUUAAAUCAUCAGAACUUCCGUGCAUUGGUAUAUUUUUAUGCUCCACAGCGGAAGAACCAUAAAGUGCUUGUGCUUCACCCUUAAAACCGACACGCCGUCUUUUGAAACAAACUUCCUGCGUUCGGCCUCAGAAACGCGGCGCAGACUGGAGUUCAUUAGGAUUCAGCGAGCGGCGAAGCAUCGCACCGAGGGUCCAACUGAGAGCACAAAACAUUAUGAAAAUAAUAAUGAUCUCACUUUCACGCUUGCGUCUUCCUGCCCCGGCUGCUUAUGGCGAGCGUCGGUGUCGAUGGGAGUCAUUAGGAGGUCAGGAUCUCCUCUCAACUGAUAAGGAGCGGGAGGAGGACAGGCUGCGGCGCACUAACAACCACAGCCUUCUUCAUCACCAUCAUCACCAGUUGGAGGAGGGAGCACACGGCCGGUCGGAGGCGCCUCCGUAUUGCAGAGAUGUGGCUUUUGUCUCACCUGCUGAAGGGAGCAAACAAACGCACCAUGAAGGGAAACGUGUGGGAAUUCACGGCUCAAACCAAACCUCCUGAUCACAUCCAGACGCAGGGCUCUUCUGCCUCACUGACCUUCAGCAUGAAGGACGUUCUGCCAUCAUCAGCCUCCAGACUCCACUUUAGGACCAAAUCAAACUGCUGCCUGCCCUUGUCUUAAACACACAGGGAACUGAGAGCCCUUCAGCCUUCAAAGGAAAGUUAAGCGUUCCACAUUCCUGGAGAGAGUUCCGCACGGAGCCACCUGAAGGCAAACUGUCUCCUGGAACGCGCCUGUCACCGUCGCAGAGCCGUGGCGUCGCGGCGCCGGCUCUGAUGGAGACAGACAGCCGUCAUCCGGCUGCACGCGAGCUGAGCCACGGCUCAAACACGAGCCAGAAGCUCCAGGAAGCAGGAAUCAGAGGCGCUUUCUGUUUCACACAUUCUGACACUUGUUACAUAACGAGGCGUCAAUUAAAUCGUGUAAUGAACCUUCUCUGAGGAAAAGCUCAGUGUUUUGUGAGUCCAGUAGUUACAAGACGUGUCCAUAUUUAUCUCACAGGAGCGUGAUUCUAUGAGGAUAUAUGGAUUAUAAACAUUCCAGGAUGAAAAAUGUCAGUCAUUAAUAUGAAGUGUAAAUAGCUGCUGUGUGUCUGUGGAUGCAGCGCUGAAAGUGAAGCUGUUUAAGGCCAGAGAAGGUUGAAGCAGCGCAGACACCCGUCUGCUUAAUUACAGCGGGGCAGCGGCAACAUGGAGCACGUUGAGCCUGAGCUUAAUUAAUGUAGCAGUAAAAAGUGUCCCUCCCUCUCCAUGUCCGCUCUGCUCCUCAGUAUUAGUUCCACGUCAGUGCUCUCAAAGGCCGGAACAAAUAGUGACUCUAAUGAUGGACAUGGAGCCGCCUCCCCUCCUCCCCCUCCUCCCCCACGGCCAGUCCUGGGUCACUGCCCUCCCUGCGCUCUCUCUCCUCCCUCCCCUGGGACGGCAGAGCGAGGGAGUCAACCAGUCAGACAAGAAGACAUGUGCUCCCCAUCCGUUCAGACAGAGCAGCAGACAGCCCUGCAUUCUGACUUCAUUAGUACCGACAAGAUGCGUCGGACGGAGGGGGCGUAGACGCAGAAACAGAAUGAUGCAACUCUGGGCCGCUGCUCCACCAACGCCUUCCUGCUUCCAAACAGCUUCAUGUGAGACUCAACAGCUCCGCUAAAGCUGCUCAAUCAGAUAAACUGUAACCAACUACAUCUGUGCCUGAUCAAGAGAAAUAAAACUGAAGGUCUAUAAAACUGCUACUACUCUGCAUUGUCUGAUGUGAAAGCUACACGCUGAAGCCUGGUGUUUCUCCACCCCGUCAUAACCUGAACCGAACUCUUUCAGAAAUGUGAAAAGAAUCAACAGGAGACUCAUAAAAGUCGCUUUUACCGUUUUUGCUCAAAACAAGAGUGUGAUCCUAUCAGGUAAGAAGCAGCCGCCGUGUGGAAAUUAGAAGAAGAGAAUUGAUACUCGUGAGAAAAAACACGUGAUGUUCAAACCCGUCUAAACAAAACAAAAGGAACAUCACAUGAAAUUAAAGGCGAGCAGAGGUGCUAUGAAUGUUUAAUGGUAUCCAGCCAGUGACAUAAAGAUCUAAAUGUAAAGAGAAAAAUCCACUGUUUGAAGUGGUGAAGACAGAGAGAGGGAGACGGCGGGAGGCAAGUAAUUACCAGCAGAGCUCCUCUGAUGGAUUAUUCUAUUAAAGUGGGAGGAGGAUCAACCGAACACAGCUAACCUUUGUAACAGCGCUGGUCUCCACCUAUCACUGACAGGAACAUGCUCCCAGCACCUCAGCACCAGGGAACCGCUGGAGCCGCUGGAACCGCUGGAGCCGCUGGAGCCGCUGGAACCGCUGGAACCGCUGGAACCGCUGGAGCCGCUGGAGGAACCGCUGGAGCCACUGGAAUAGUUGGAACCGCUGGAACCGCUGGAGCCGCUGGAGGAACCGCUGGAGCCACUGGAAUAGUUGGAACCGCUGGAACCGCUGGAACCGCUGGAGCCACUGGAACCGCUGGAACCACUGGAACCGCUGGAGCCGCUGGAGGAACCGAUGGAGCCGCUGGAACCGCUGGAACCGCUGGAGCCGCUGGAGCCGAUGGAACCGCUGGAGCCGCUGGAACCGCUGGAACCGCUGGAGCCGCUGGAACCGCUGGAGCCGCUGGAACCGCUGGAACCGCUGGAACCGCUGGAACAGUUGGAACCGCUGGAGGAACUGCUAGAGGAACCACUGGAACCGCUGGAACCACUGGAGGAACCGCUGGAGCCACUGGAACAGUUGAAACCACUGGGGCCGCUGGAUCCACUGAUUUCGCUGGAGGAACCACCGGAACAGCUUGAGCUGCUGGAACCGCUGGAACCACUGGAGGAACCGCUGGAACCACUGGAGCCACUGGAGCCACUGGAGGAACCGCUGGAGGUACCACUGGAACAGCUGGAGCUGCUGGAACAGCUGGAGGAACCACUGGAGGAACUGCUGGAGGAACCGCUGGAACUGCUGGAGCCGCUGGAGGAACCGCUGGAACCGCUGAAACCGCUGGAGCCACUGGAACUGCUGGAACCGCUGGAACAGCUGGAACAGUUGGAACCGCUGGAGGAACUGCUAGAGGAACCACUGGAACCGCUGGAACCACUGGAGGAACCGCUGGAGCCACUGGAACAGUUUAAACCACUUGGGCCGCUGGAUCCACUGAUUUCGCUGGAGGAACCGCCGGAACAGCUUGAGCUGCUGGAACCGCUGGAACCACUGGAGGAACCGCUGGAACCACUGAAGCCACUGGAGCCACUGGAGGAACCGCUGGAGGUACCGCUGGAACAGCUGGAGCUACUGGAACAGCUGGAGGAACCACUGGAGGAACCGAUGGAGGAACCGCUGGAACUGCUAGAGCCGCUGGAACCGCUGAAACCCCUGGAGCCGUUGGAGCCGCUGGAACCACUGGAGGAACCGCUGGAGGUACCGCUGGAACAGCUGGAGCUGCUGGAACAGCUGGAGGAACCGCUGGAGGAACUGCUGGAGGAACCGCUGGAACUGCUGGAGCCGCUGGAGGUACCGCUGGAACAGCUGGAGCUGCUGGAACAGCUGGAGGAACCGCUGGAGGAACUGCUGGAGGAACCGCUGGAACUGCUGGAGCCGCUGGAGCCGCUGGAGCCGCUGGAGCCGCUGGAGGAACCGCUGGAGACGCUGGAACCACUGGAGGAACCGCUGGAGGAAAAGCUGGAACAGCUGGAACCGCAGGAACCGCAGGAACCACGGAGAACUGCACAUGCAGCAGCUUUGUUACUUCCGCUGCCUAAAACCUGCAAUUAUAUAUUUUUAAUGAAAUGCAAAACACAUCUUAUAGAAGCAAGUUACUCACAGCUCAGCCGGUUGUGAAAUGAUCCUCAGUUUGCUUUGAACCUUCCUUUAUCACAUUCCACGUUACGGUUGUGAAAACAUUCUGAUAAAGUAUAAAUAGUGAGUCCUGUAUUUGUCAUGAUCUGCAUCACCUCCAGGUCUAUUUCACACUCAUGUUUUAAUAUUAGCAUGAAAGACGUUCUUCCACCAAUUACGAUUUUUUGUGUUUAAUGUUCAUUUUUCACUACAGCAUAAAACGUGGAUGACGUGAUAAAUGAUUCACUUUCCAGUAAAACAGCAGACCCUCCCUUUCUCCCAGCUGAACUGAGUCUUCACUGAGUCUUGGGCCAUAAAUGCCACCACUGAGCUGAGAAAUGUGGGCUUUGGAAGCAGAAAAUCAAAAAAUCCCUUUUGGUGGGAUCCUGAGGGUUUGGAGUUGAGCUGCCUCCUCUCUCCUCGCCCGGGGGCAGGCUAUCAUCUCCAGCGACACCAGAGAGAGGGCAGACCCCACCCUACUCCACCUCAGCCGGGCUGGUGGAUGUGAGGACUGAGAGCGGUGCUGGUGGAUGAGGCCCGGUCUCUCAGGUCCGGUUCUUUGAUCACCGGCUGCCGACCUCCAUGUCUCCAAAACAAGGAGCCGAGAACAGAGAGCAGGCUGCUGAGCUUGUAUCUCCUCCCUACAGCCCUUGUUCCCUCCCAAUCUGGAAUAAAGGGUUAAUCGUAUUUAACAAUACGCCCCCCAUCACCACCACCCUCCCUCCUUGAUUAGAAUUAGAAUCACAUCUGGCGCCAUGUUCUGUCCCUCAUUACUGCUGAAUCUCAUUACCAGCAGCUCCCAUGGGAGGGCCUGUGCCGGCUUUUUAAACACACUUCUCUCUUUCUUCUGCCUCUUGCUCGUCUCAUCUGCCUCACCGCUCCUUCUCUUCUGCGUUUACAUUAGCGGAAGUUCUCAUCUGAGAGAAUGACUGAGCACCGUCGUCCUCCUCCUCCUCCCAGAGCUUGGAAAUUGUUUUACAGUGCCAAUUAAAGUAGGUAUGUUGAGUUUUUCCAAAGUAUGUAUAAUUCAGAGUGUAUUAUUUGUUGCACUAAAAAAGGAGAGAAAUCCUCUCUAAAAUAGGAGCAGCAGAGUAAGUUCCACUUACAUGUGAUAAAAACUACACCAAAGGUUAGGAAAUAUAGUCAACAUAAAGAAAUGGGAGCUUAUUUAUGGUGCCCUGAAGUCCUACUGAAUAAUAAAAAUCUCCACAUAUAACCACGGUUUAAACUUUGUUUCUUUGCGCUCAUAUGCAAACUCUAUGUCUGACUGCUAAUUAAUUUUAGAGGAGGGAAAAAUAAAGAAAUCUGUAAAGUUUGAGUCCAAACUGUUUUACCUUAGUGAAAUAAUAAUUUAGAAUCAUGGCAGCAAGAAGCUGCUUCUGUGCACUUUGUACGCUGAGAAAUAAGAGUAUGAGGCAAUAAUCAAAGUCUUUUAUUUGCACUUUUAAGAUACUAAUAUAAAGCAAUACGAAGUGUGAACAAAUACAAAAAUGUCACAGAAAACAGUGACGUCUGAGAAAGUAGGUGCCGGAGGUCGUCCAGCUCUAGAUCAUUGGAGAGUCGCAGAGCGUGCACGGUGCCUGCAGGAUCCUCUUUAUCCAGUCUGGGUCUGUGGGCGAAGAAACAAACAGGGCCUCAACACAUUGCUACUUUACAUCACUAUACAACCAAGAAGGAAGAGUUACUGGAGACCUCCUCUACAACCUGAAGGUCCAGAUCCAAAAGCACAAAGCUCAUUCCUUUCAAAGGCGUGUUAGUUUAAAUGCAUACAAUCAGCUCUUAAACACAGAGUCGCAUCUCGUUACAGGAAAAAAAAAGAAAA